ACUGCCACCUGCUCACCCACUCUCCCUAGCCCCAGAGCGCAGUCCGUGCUGGUGGGAGCGUGGCGACUGGUUGCGCAGCAACGGUCCAGGAAGAUGAGUGCCUGCGGGAGGAAGGCCCUGACCCUGCUGAGCAGCGUCUUUGCUGUCUGUGGCUUGGGCCUCCUGGGUAUCGCGGUCAGCACCGACUACUGGCUGUACCUGGAGGAGGGUGUGAUUGUGCCCCAGAACCAGAGCACCGAGAUCAAGAUGUCCCUGCACUCAGGCCUCUGGCGGGUCUGCUUCCUUGCAGGUGAGGAGCGGGGGCGUUGCUUCACCAUAGAAUAUGUGAUGCCCAUGAACACUCAGCUGACAUCCGAGUCCACGGUCAAUGUUCUAAAGAUGAUCCGCUCAGCCACACCAUUCCCUCUGGUCAGCCUCUUCUUCAUGUUCAUUGGGUUUAUCCUGAACAACAUCGGACACAUCCGUCCCCACCGGACGAUACUGGCCUUUGUCUCUGGCAUCUUCUUUAUCCUCUCAGGCCUCUCUCUCGUGGUGGGCCUGGUGCUCUACAUCUCCAGCAUCAACGAUGAGAUGCUCAACAGGACCAAGGAUGCAGAGACCUACUUCAACUACAAGUAUGGGUGGUCGUUUGCCUUCGCCGCCAUCUCCUUCCUUUUAACGGAGAGUGCCGGGGUGAUGUCUGUGUACCUGUUUAUGAAGCGGUACACCGCGGAGGACAUGUACAGGCCCCACCCUGGCUUCUACCGCCCUCGGCUGAGCAACUGCUCCGAUUACUCAGGCCAGUUCCUACACCCAGACGCCUGGGUCAGGGGCCGCAGCCCCUCCGACAUCUCCAGCGAGGCCUCCCUGCAGAUGAACAGCAACUACCCCGCCUUGCUCAAGUGCCCCGACUAUGACCAGAUGUCCUCUUCGCCCUGCUGAGCCUCGGCCACCCCCAUCCCUGGACUGUGGGUGGCCAGACAACCCUUCCUGUUCUCUCCAGGUGACCCCUGAGCCCCAGGCCUGUGCUUGACAGGCCCAGGCCACCCAUGCUUAGCUGUUGUCACUUGACCCCAGUCCUCUCCCUGCUUCUCCAGAAGGGCUCUAACUGCCCCAGCGUGGGUGUGGGAGUCUGGAGUCUGUGGGCAAGCUGAUUGUCUGGGAACAUGGGAGAAGCCCCGCCCAUGUGAGUGCCAAUCACAGCAGUGGCUCCAGGAAGCCAGCAGCUCCCCCCAAGCCCAGGAGACACCGAUGUUCCCUUUGUAUAUUCUUCCUGCACCCCCCCAACUUCAUGGCCCUGGGCCAGGGCCAGCUCUGAGAUGCCAAGCUCCUUACACAGAUGCAGCUGGACUCGUGCACUUGCCAACUGGCCUGGCCAUUCACAUUCAAGAUCUGCACCAUCUGGCCGAAAGGUGACUCUGAUAUAGAUGUCUGGCUGACUUAGACAUGUCAAGCUGUCAGUGUUCCUUCUGAACUCCUUUCUCCUUGUCACCCAUGUCCCUCCACAUGACACACCUGUCCACGCUCUUCCCUCCCUGACACAGGCUGUGAACUUUUUCUCCUUUCCUCACACCAGAACUCAGCUGCCCUGGGCCCUGGCACUAAGGGACUAAGGGUGGCUCUGAGGCCACACUGAUGAAGUCACAAAGAGGUGUUAAUGGCUGAAGACAUCCUAAUAUGUAUGGCCCUUUGAUAACAUAUUUUACAGGAGCCUUUUAUGCCUUAACCCAAAUAACUGAUUCUGACAAUGAGAAUUUUAGAAUUGGUCUGGUCUGAGUUCCUAUUAUCAGACACUGUUUCUGGUCCUGGGGAUACUGUCCCCUUACAAGGGUAAUAUUUCCAGACCAAGGCCCUAAGAUGGAAUCUUGUAGACAUCUGUCUAAACCACCUAAGUGGAAGGUUGCCUUCGAACAGGCUGCCUGGGAGUGGGAGCUGGAUUUGAUGACACCUGGUGCAUCUUGAGUUCAAACAAAGGCAGACUUGGAAUAAUCCAGCUGCUCUCCAAAGGCUGCCUGUGAACAUUGGGGGUUGCCAAUUUAAUCCUAAUAUAGAGGAGUGUCUGCUUCCUGGGUGUAGGACAGAUGUGGGCAAAUCAGAUUUUUCCAGAAGACCAGGCAGUGUGACACCCAUUCUUCUGGUGGGAAACCGGAGCCAGGAGGGUUUCAAUUACCCUCCGUAAGUCCACAGAAGCCACUGCAAGCCAUGCCCCCCUUCAGCUCUCCAAGUGUCAGCUUAGCUUAGAUGUUUUUGGUUUUGAGAUUUUGAGUAGCAAAACAAUGCUGUGUGUCGCUGCUGUGCCCGCUCUCUUCUUGCCCUCUUUAAGACGCUGUUAGGUUCUGAGAACAGAAAGCCAUGGUGGCGACACGUGGGCUCCAGCACGUAGUCCAGAAAGCUGCACGUCUGGUGUGCGCAGCCUUGGAGGGGCGGUGUGUUAGGCAGCCGGGCUGCCGCAAUGAACUACCACAGACUGAGUGGCUUAAAUAACACACAUGAAUUUUCCUACAGUUCUGGGUACUGGAGUCCAAGAUCAAGGUGUUGGCAGGAUUGGUUUCUUCUGAGGCCUCUGUCCUUGGCUUGCAGACGGCUACCUUCCUGCUGUGUCCUCAUGUGGUCUGUGUGCCCGUGUCCCUGGUGUCCCUCAGCGUGUCCAAAUUCCCUCUCCUGGUGUCCAAGGACACCAGUCAGAUUGGAUUCGGGUCCAUCCCCAAUUAAUUGGUGGUUAAUUUUCAUGAAAUAACCUCUUUAAAGGCUCUAUCUCCAAAUACAGUCAUAUUCUGAGGUACUGAGGGUCAUUCUACAAAUGAAUUUAGGGAAGACAGAGUUUAGCCCAUGACAGGUAUUUUGUUGCUGGAUUCUUCCAUUUGUCUCACAGCAUGGUGGAGGAGAAGGAUAAGAGAAGCCAGUUCUGGUCCCAAUUCAGCCACUCAUUCACCACGAAUCCUUGGGCAACACCUCCACUCUGAGGGGCUUGGCCUAAAUGGUUUCCUAAGCCCACUCGCCUCCCACCCACCCACAACUCCAAUGACUCAGCCUCCUGUGGGAGGCUCUCUGUUGCUUUUGUAUGUGACUUUUCAAUCCUUGCCUAUAAACUGAUAGCAACUGCGAGGCCCCCCUCCCUCUCCACUGGCACCCUUGCAAUGACUGUUGUAUUCUUCAGUUACUGUUUACAGAAUAAUACCAAAACCAUGUUCUCCUCACCGCAAAGUAAAGGAAUCAGUUUUUGUGCUUGGAGACAGAUAGCGUUUCCAAACUGGACAAUCAUUUAGGUAAGCGCUAUUCCAAUUUUUAUCAAUGUAAUUAGCUCCUAAUUGCACUUUUCUCUCUCUAGAACACUCUUUCUCUGUCACUGUGCCAGGCUUGUUUUUGGUGCACCUGGAAAAAGUAGAAUCCACUCCUAAAUACAAGCUGAUUGUGGACUCAGACAUCACUAGGUUCGGUCUUCACUGGCCCUGAUGCUGAGCUGCUAAAUGAAGGAGCCCUUAGCCUGGGAAGAUGUGGUUUACACGCAUCUUAGGAACAGGUUCUCGGUCAUUUUUUCCCCCAUCGGGGGUGGGUGCAUGUGUCAAUAAUCACAUCACCAUCACAAUUUCCUUUCUGUCUAUAAAUUCAUCUCAGAAUCAGGGGCUAGUUGCAGCCUCUCCUCAAUCAGGAGAUUUUUACCAAACGUUAACAUAUACAAACUCAACUCAGAAAUCAUAAAUUAGGGUCUCUUCUUCAGUAUGCAUUCUGAUCUUUUGUCUCCUCAAGCACUGUAAAAAAAUGGGAGGGGUAGACUAAUAAACCCAAGUGUCAUGAAUUAUGGAAUAAAAUGACUUGGGGUAAUCAGUCAUUAACAGGGAACAAUCUGACAUUGGUUCCCCCACACCUGGAACUUAUCACCCUACUUUUUUUUUUUUUUUUGAGACGAUGUCUUGCUCUGUCACCCAGGCUGGAGUGCAUGUAAGAGUUAAAGAAAGAGGAGGCCUGGCACAGUGGCUCACGCCUGUAAUCCCAGCACUUUGGGAGGCCGAGGUGGGCAGAUCACGAGGUCAGGAGAUCAGGACCAUCCUGGCUAACAUGGUGAAACCCCGUCUCUACUAAAAAUACAAAAAAAUAGCCGGGCGUGGUGGUAGGAGCCUGUAGUCCCAGCUACUCGGGAGGCUGAGGCAGGAGAAUGGUGUGAACCCGGGAGGCGGAGCUUGCAGUGAGCCGAGAUCACAACACUGCACUCCAGCCUGGGCGACAGAGCGAGACUCCGUCUCAAAAAAAAAAAAAAAAAAAAAAAAAAAAAAAAAAAAAAAAAAAGAAUUAAAGAAAGAGGAAAGAACCAUGAAAAGUGGCUCAAUAGUCAAAGACAGGUUUAUUUUGGAGAAUAAACCUGAGAGGGGCUUCUGGACGAUUUCAGUCAAAAGCACUCUCCCUUACAGACUAAGAGUAUUUAUUGGUGAGAGAGCUUGGAAUGUUUCUGUGUGGGGGAGAAGUUUAUGGCAGGGUUGGAAAGUCUCUGGUCAGAGAAAAGGUUAUCUUGGGGCUGACAUCUCUCUGGUUGGGGAGGAGUGUGGAAUGUUUCUGGUCAGAGAUGUCAUUUGUGGUUUAUGGUCAUGCUGACCUUAGCCAUUAGGCUGAUGCCCUUUGAAUUUAGGUGGUUUUUGAUCAAGGUGAACUUUAAAAUGGCAGUGCUUGUGCAAGAUGGUGAAGCUCCUGCUCUGUCAGUGCAGUGGUGUGAUCUCAGCUCACUGCAACCUCUGCCUCCUGGGUUCAAGCAAUUCUCUUGCCUCAGCCUCCCAAGUAUCUGGGAUCACAGGCAUGCACCAUCAUGCCCAGCUAAUUUUUAAAUUUUUAGUAGAGAUGGGGUUUCCCCAUGUUGGCCAGGUUGGUCUUGAACUCCUGACCUCAAGUGAUCCUCCUGCCUUGGCCUCCCAACGUGCUGGGAUUACAGGCAUGAGCCACUGUGCCCAUCCCCUACCCUCUUUCUUGUCCCAUGGGUGAGUCAAUGAUGUCCUCCCAGCCCCACCAGUGACCUUCAGAAGAAUCAUGUGUUACCAGGGCUGCAUGCAGAGCUGGGGUGGGGGCGUGGGGGAAAUCCAUAGGUGCUGCAGGCUUAUCAGUGAUGUCCCUAGAGAACCACAUGUAGGGGGCACCCCUCCUUAAUGUUUCAGUAACUCUCCCUUCUCCCUAGAUACAGGUGGUCUAUCAGGGUUCUCCAGAGAAACAGAAUCAACAGGAUGAAUACAUAGAGAGAAAGAUUUAUUUUAAGGAAUUAGCUCAAGAAGUUGUGGAGACUUGGUGAGUACAACCAAAAUCUGAUGGCAGAGGCUGGUUGGGCUGGAGACCCGGUGAGGACUUGCAGUUCAAGUCCAAACUUGCAGUCUCCUGGCAGAAAUCCUGGCUGCUCAGGGGAGGUCAGCCUUUGUUCUAUACAGGCUUUCAGUGCAGUGGUUGAGGCCCACCGACAUUAGCAAAGGUAAUUGCUUUACUCAGUGUCCACUGAUUUAAAUGUUAGUGUCAUCCAAAACACACCUUCACAGGACAGUUAGAAAAAUGUUCGGCCAAAUAUUUGGGCAGCACCAUGGCCCAGCCACACUGACGUGUAAAACUAACCAUUGUAAGUGGAGAAAGGACAGCGGAGGCCGGGAGAGCCACAUUCCACCUAAGGCCUGCACAAAUUGGCACUUGGGCUCUGUUCCUUCACCAGCUGCCUGGAUUUUGGGUAUGAGGGCCCGCCCAUUGGCAGCUCUCUAAGUCUUGACUUUCUCCCCACACUCAGUGAACCACUUUCAUAUGCUCGUGUGACACUUGGAAGUUAACCUGCCUUUGGAACACAGCACUCUGCCUAGGGAGUGGGUGCACAAGUGGAUGGAUGAGUGGAUUCUGUCUAAUGCACCUGUGCCUGGGGCCCAGCUAGCACUGUGAGUGUGGGUUCAUCCAUGGCAGCAGCGGCUGCUCCAGUGUGCCAUAGAAGAGACGAGGCUCAGUGGUCACCACUACAGGGGGUGGAGGGUGGUACGCUGGAGCCAGUCAGAGCCCCCACCAGGGCUGCUUUUGCUCUUUGGGUUCCAGGCAUGCAGAUGAGUGAAUAGGAACUGGGCAGGUGCCUCUCUAGCAUCCACGUCUCCCAGGACAGGUGCUAGGGCCUCAAGUCCUUGGUACUGGCAGAGCUGAGGUCUCUGGAGUCUCACAUCCCUGAACCAGGAUCCUGGACCUCUGCUCUGUGACCUUGGACAUAUCACAUCCUUCUGGGCCUGCCUCCACCUUCUGGUGUGUGAAGCCAGGACUCCCUGUGUGCUCACUGUGGGGCUAAGAUUUUCUGCCCGGGUGGCCCCAUCCUUGAAGGUUUGCAUGCAUGGGCUCUCUGUCCUGCUGGUUCAGAGGCCUGAGUUCUCAUCAGGUGCUGCUGCACCCUCUGUGUGUUACCAGCAGCCCUCGGAACUUCUGUCUUUUCAUUCCUGUAAUGGGGGGUUGUAGAUAAAAUCACCUCAUCAGGCUCUAUCCCCAGACUCUAUACCCAACUCUAGAGGCUGUAAGUUUUACAAGCAAAAUGCAACCAAGCUCAAGUAGUAGACUCCUUCCAGCCCCUGCCUCCUAAUGGAGGCACCCAGAUGACAACACUCCAAAGAAUGUGGAAUUUAGCUAAGAGAUCAGAUACUUGCAGCACCCCAAGGAAGAAUAAGAUUUAUGCAUAAUGGAGUGCACAUGGCAGGCAGUAGCAGUGGGGAGACAGUUGGAGGAAGGCAGAAUUCUACUGCCUUUAUCCACGAGUUGGUAGCAAGAUGGCAACAGUGAUUCCAAACAUCCUAUCAAGAUGCAACAGCAUCAGAGGGAAGAGAAGGGUGGUCUUUUUCUCUAUGUUUUUCUGAGGAACAAAGACAACUUUCCCAGAAGCAACCCCAGCAGACUUCAUGUCAUGUCUCAUUGGCCAAAACCAAGUCACAUGCCCAUUCCUAAACCACAAUCUGGCAAGGGGAACAGGGUGACCAUGUGCUCCAGUUAUUUAUUAAUAUACAAGCAAUUGCCCCAAAACUUAGUAACUUAAGACAGCAACAAUCAUAUCAUGAUUAUUUCUGACAGCUUUAGGGGUUGGCUGGGCUCAGCAAGGCGGUUCUCACUCGGGAUCUCCCAGGCAGUUGGAGUCAGACAGUGGCUGUCAUUUCAAAGGCUUCCCUGCUUAUUGGUGUGGCAAUUGUAUCCACUGAGACUUCAGCUAAGGUUGUCACUAGAACAUCUUUGCACACGGUCUGUUCUUAAGGCCUGGUCUUCCUCGUAGGGUGACAGCUUGGUUUUAAGAGUGAGGGUCCCAAGAGCCAGGCAGAAGCUUCAUUGCCUUUCUGGAAGCAGCCUUUGAAGUUACCUGAUGUCAUUCCCAUCAUAAUCCCCAGACUACCUAGGUUUAUAGAGAAGAGAACAUAGAUCCCACCAUCUCAGAUGUGAGGAGUGUCAGAGUUCCAUUGUGAGGAACACAUGAGAGAUGGGAUCUAUGGUAGCAAGCACCUUUGAGAAACACAAUCUGCUAUACCAUGACUGGCUUUGACCAGUCAGUUAUUCUCCCAGCCUGGAGAUUCUGAAGUUACUCUGGGGUGGGCCCUGAGGGUCUGUUUCUCUAAAAAGCUUCCAGGCAAUGUCAAGGCCAUGAUAUGCUCUAGGCUCUAGGGGUUUAGUCCCAGAUCUCUGAAAUUUGUUUAAAGCUCUCCAGAUGGUUCUAAUGUGAAACCAGGGUUGAGAACCACUGGCUUAGACCCACUGGGAUUUAUCACUGUAGCUGGGGAUAAGGCCACCUUCUGAGUCUGGCUGGGGAGUGGUGGCAUCCCAAACAAAAUGCAAGAAAAGAGGGGAGAAUUGUGCUGGGUGGACUCCUGAGGAGGUGGAAGCCCCAGGGACCCCCCACCCCUUGCUCUGUCUCAGCCUGCACCAGCCCCACCUCCUCCGACAAGGCUGUGCCUGGGGCAAGAUGCCAAAUUCAUGGGCUCAUGCCCAGCCCUUCUGCCUCUGAGUCCUUUCCCCAAGGAGCUGAUAUUCACUGGUAUGCAGCUAGAGCCUGCCCCUGGAAAGAGGAUAGAGAACAUCCUGGAGCCAACGUGUCCUCCAGCCCACUGUCAGGGCCAAGCAAGCAGGGAUGCAAGCAGGGAUGAUAAAUCCUCAGAAAUGAUCUCAUAGUGUUGGGCUCUGACUAUCAAGUUCAGGUCAAUCUUUGUCACUGGUCUUUGAAUAAUUCAUUUUGUGCUCAGCAGUUGUGAAAAAGAACAAAGCUCAAAGGCUUUAGAGGUUUCUGAUUAGGCAAUAAAGGAACCACGUAUCACAACGUUCCCAGCAGACUAACUUGGGCCAAUUUUUACUUUAAAUCCACCCACACUCAUACACCUCCCACCCUAUUUCAGAUACAACAAUGUGUGUGAAAACACCAUGUAAACUGUAAAGUCCUCUUUGGAUUAAGUUAUUUUCAUUAACAAAAUGUUGAAGAGACUAAAUUAAACCACAUAAGGUGAGUAGCAGCUAUUCAAUCCACAGCAAUUCUCAGUGUCCUAAAUGAUCAAUUCUGGAGAGCAUCCUACAAGGUCCGUUCACAGGCUUGGGAUUCGCCCAAGAAUGGAUUCACCAUCUUCAACCCAGACACAGUCUCUUGCAAAUGUCGAUUUAGAUACUACGACUUCAGCUUCAACCCCAGCAGGUCAUCACCAACAUCAUGACCACCAACAUGCAUCUAAAGUCCUUAUCAGAGUCCUUGGCACAUAAUAGGUAUUUUGCAAGCAUUAUCUCAUGUAACCCUUUCCAUCCUGUACGUAGAAUACUGAGACCUAAAGAAGUUUAGGGACUUGCUCAUGACCGCACAGCUGGUAAUAUUUGCACUGCUCUGCUCUGCAAGUCCUGUUUCAAGUGCACCCCCAAGAGCAUGGCACGUACAGUCCCAAAAGUUCUGCAUGGUAAGUGUACCCUCUUCUAUAAUCAGAGAAAUAAUCCAGGUUCCCAUCCAAAGAUAAAUGGGGGAAGGAAAGGUCUAAAUGCAAACAACGGCGAUGUGUCGUUUCCUGAAAGCCUCUACACAUUAAUCCUGACUCCUUCUCUCCCAUCUCUACUCAUGAUGCCAACCAAUGUUGGAAAUGGCUCCAGGAAAACUCUGGAUUUUCCUAACUGUGGUCAGCCAGUGGUGGAACCUCACCACACUCUUGUUCUGGAUAAAUUGAAGCAACUGGAGAAAGACUCAUGACACAAGUUUGGCCAUGGAACAUGUUUGGAGUGUGUGGUUAGGGGUCAUCUGAUGCAUCCUACCAACGUGACCCCAAGGAAAGUGCUGGAGGAAUUGGGCUCAGAUCCUAGAGAUGAGCUCAUGUCAGACUCUGGCCUCCAGAUUCCAUUUUCCUGGCUGACUCCCAGGGCACCAUGGAGCAAAUGGCCAGUGGGUGUGCCAUGGGAGGUGAGACCCCCCCUCCGGCAUUCUGAAGCCCUUCAGCUGGAGAGGAGGAAGAGAUGUUUCAUUUGUUCACAAUGUUUCCUGAAGCACUGGAAGCGUGAACUCCUGAGUUGAUGGCUGUGUGGGGUGCAAAGAAAAAAAAAGUGUAGUGAGAACGAAUUUUACUUAGAUGCAAGAAGUGUCACCUUGUUGUGUUAAAUCAAAUUAAAUCUGUCUGAGCCCCUAUUCACCUUGGUGGUGAGAAAUUCAGUGUUCCCCAGGGUUGCAUGGGAAUCCAACGGGGAGGGAAUGGCAGUGGCUGCCAGGCUGGAAAUCCAAAGUCCAGCGGUGUAGGUGCCAGGGUUCUUGACACCUGGUGUCCUGUGUCCUCGUAAACACCAUCCUGCCACCCCUCUCAGGCCCUGCCAAGGACUCUGCUCACUGCUGCUCUAGGAACCCAUCAAUUGCACCUCCUCACUCAUUUCCUUCCAGGUGUGGGGACUGUCCCCAUGCGUUGACUGCUCUCCCCGACCUCCAAGGACUCCUUUCAAUCUGCCACCCCCUUGGGAGGAUCCUGCACAUCCUUCCUCAGUGGAUCCUUAGAAACUCAAUGGUGGGCUUUUUUGCCUGGAUUGGGGGAAGAAAAAGAGAUGGGGAAAAUGAAGUACUCAUAAUAAUUUACCCUGUGAUCCUAUUAAUAAUAAAUUAGUACUAAUAUAUUA